AUGGCAGCCGAGGGACUGCCUGCUGGGGGACCUGCUGGUGCCCUGUCUGGCUGGGAGCUGGAGGCUUGGUACCAGGACCUGCAGGAGGUGCUGGCAGCAGCUGAGCCCAGUGGGCCCUCCCCACCCUGGGGGACUGAGCAGGCAGAGCUGGCUCCACUGUGGGGCACAGAGGGGGCUGCCAGUGGUCCAGAGGACUGUGAGCUGGAUGCUGCCCUGGCUGCUGAGCUGCUGGAGCUGCUGGGGCCAGAGAGCACAGCUGGCACAGAGUUAGCGGGACCAUGGGGCUCGGCCUCCAGCAGCAGCUCCCCACCCCAGCUGGGUACAGAGGAGGACAAGGAAGGGGCAGCUGCAGGGUGUGGGGUGAAGAGGAAGAGGUGCAGUGAUAUGGCAGCGAGCAGGGAGCUGGCCCAGCGCCGAGAGCGGGCCAACGAGCAGCGGGUGCUGGAGCUGACAGCCCACAACGAGCAGCUGCGGGAAGAGAUCCAACAGCUAAGCGCAGAGGUGGAGCGCACACGGACAGCCCUCAUUGACCGUAUUGUGAACCUCCACCAGGCUUAG